AGCACAUUUAAUAGUCUAAAUCAAAGCAUAUUAGAAAUGGAAAACUCGGAGGUCAUGUACGUUACAUAUUUGAGUCUCAAUAUCUCAUAUCAUUCAUACUUCUCUAAUUCAUUAGCUUAGCCCAUUUUUUCUGGAAUUCGUCGCCAUUGAAAGAAUAACUUGAGAAAGGAGUUUUGUCAUAUGGAUGUGCAAGGCAGGGAGCUGUGCUUUCCUCAAUGUCCGGAUUCAAUCAAACCUUACCAUGGGAAAAAAUUUGAUACUUUACCACAAGCUGAAGAAUUUUACAGGAAAUAUGCUACAGCGUGUGGUUUCGAGACUCGAUUGAGCGCUAUACAUAGAGCAAGCGAUGGAACAAUUACGUCCCGAUAUAUUGUGUGUAGGAGGCAGGGUGUGUGGCAAAAGGCGAAGGGAUAUAUUAUGCAAGCAAAUGAGUCUAAGGCAAAGAAGCGGAAAACUACAUCUUGCAAAAUCGCUUGCAUGGCAAGGGCAGUGUUCAAACUUUCAACGGGAGGCCGGUACAAGAUCACUAAAUUCAACGAGGGCCACACGCACUCCAUGGUUCCAGUUGAUACACGGAAUUUGAUGCACAGUAACAGGAAUGUCGACGAAUUCCAACAAAGGCUUAUCAUAUCCGGUAUCAAGGCUAACAUUGGCCCAAUGCGUACCUUUCGUUUGGCCAAAGAGAUUCUAGGUAGUUAUGACGAUGUCGGAUGCACUGGCAACGACUUUAAGAACUUUGCGAGAGACUUGAAGGUGCAUUCUAAGGGAUCCGAUGCCCACAUGUUGUUGGAGUCUUUUUCCAACAAACAGGAGCUAGGAAACGGAUUUAAAUUCUUUCACGAUGUAGAUGAAGACAAUAAAUUGUGUCGACUAAUUUGGGUGGAUGAGAUGUCUGUUAAGAACUACAAGUUAUUUGGCGACGCAGUGUCGUUUGAUACUACAUACUGCACCAAUAGAUACAAGAUGAUUUUCACUCCUUUUACCGGUAGAGACAACCACGGGAAAUGUAUCUCUUUCGGUGCAGGAUUAAUCUCUCACGAAAACAUGGAGUCGUAUGCAUGGGUGUUGGAUAAGUUUGUUGAUAUAAUGGGCCAUGCACCUCGUUUAUUCAUUACCGAUCAAGAUCCAGGACUCAAGAAAGCCGUCGCCUCUUCUUGGAAAGAAACCCGUCACAGGUUUUGCAUGUGGCACAUAAAUACGAAGGUUGCCGAGAAGUUACCUCAAAAGUUGAGAGAGGAUGCGGAUUUUAGGGGUAUUUAUGAUGGACUGAUUUGGAAUGAGAACAUCGAUCCAAUAGUGUUUGAAGAAAAUUGGAAUAACAUGAUUGAGGAAUAUGACCUUGCCUCGAACAGAUGGUUCUCCGACAUGUACGAAGAUCGUGCAAAGUGGAUCCCGGCAUUUUUUAGAGAUGUACCUAUGAGUGGCUUUUUCCGAACCACAUCGAUGUCUGAAAGCGAGAAUAGUUAUUUCAAACGCUUUAUCCAAAAGAAAUCCGAUCUUGUGGUAUUGUAUACUAACUUCUGCAGUGGUCUUGAUUCACAGAGAUAUAAUUACAAGCAGGCGACACAUGCCGACGAUACACGUUCUCCCAUGAUGAAGACAAAUCUACCCAUUGAAUGUAAUGCAACGGCUGUAUACACAAAUGCGAUGUUCAAGGAGGUUCAGGAGCAGAUAGACUGUUCAAGCAGAGUUUGUGCAAUGCGGAAGAUGUUUUCCGAUGGCGACGACAUCAUUUAUGAGAUUGAGGACAAACUAGAUGGUCUCUUUACUGUGCGCCGUUUACACCCACAUGACGACGUCGUAUGUAGCUGCAAAUUGUUCACCCGGAAAGGUAUCCCUUGCAUGCAUAUGUUUCUUGUGUUUAGGAAUAUGAAUCUCGACACUAUUCCCCAUAAGUACGUUGCGACGAGAUGGUGCAAGUAUAGCAUCUUGUGUCCAAAUGAUUCAACAGAUCAAGUGCAAAAUCAUGACAAGCAUUCCAAAUCUAAUUUGGAGCUUCGAAUAUUCAAGAUUGCGAGUGAAUCCAUUGGAUACGUUAGGGGCAACGAAGAGUUGUGUAACCAAUUAUAUGAGAAUCUCAUUGAAGUUAGGGACAAGUUUGCCAAGCUCGGAACUCCGGAGAACUCAUCCUUGUCGAAGAACAGGAUGUUCGAUGAGUUUUAUGGAUCGUCUCCAACCGAAACUCCUUCUGUUCUGCCACCAGAUGUCGCUAAGACUAAAGGGAGUGGUGCCGGUGGACGUAGAAAAUCGGAAAAAGAAAAGGCAAUGCUGCUUGCACAGAAACCCAAGCGGCUUUGCAGGAAAUGCAAGACGAUGGGCCAUCAUGAUUCAAGAAAUUGCCCCACAAAGGAUGACGCAGAUCUUAGUUCCUAG